AUGUUAACGUCAGUUGAUACAGAAUAUGGGCGAAUGCCGCCAAAAUAUUCUUUAGACGACUAUAAUAAAUGUUUGAAAAAGCCAAGUGGAAGAUACUGCACUGUUAACUUUGAACUAGUUUCGGAUACACCUAACGAGCUCUUAUAUAUGAUACAGGAAUAUUCCAAAGCUUCGAUAACACACUUUAAUCAUACAAGACUAAAAUAUGGAAUUUGUGUAUCGGAAAAUUGUCAAAGAUACAAAGAAAAUAUAACAGUGGUCUCAGAAUCGGUCCUUGAGGGAUGCCUAAAUGAUUCUCUUUGGAGCAAGUAUGAACUGAAAACGAGAGUCAUACAUCAUAAAUGCUUUAGCUUGACUGAUGCACAAACCGAUAUCACUACUGCUGAUGUAAUUGUAGCUGUCAUUUUAGGACUCAUUUUAAUUCUUAAUAUAGUUGGAAGUAUUUUUGACUAUUUUAAAUUAAAAAUAUUUGGAGAUAAAUCAGUACUUCUGUGUUUUUCAAUAACCCGCAAUUUGAAGCGACUUACAUGGAUACAAACUUCUGAACCUCGGCUAACGAGAUUGAAAGGAUUAAACGGCUUAAAAUGUAUCAUCCUCGCGGGCAUCACGCUGACUCACUGCAUCUGGCCAUUUUUGACUAUAGCAGAGAAUAUACGCGGGCUGGAAUUGGCAUACUAUGAUUUGUCGCAGUAUAUAUUAUUCAAUGGGGCGCUAGUGAUUCAAGCAUAUUUGGUAAUGUCGGGAUUUCUUCUUUCCUACAAAAUUCAAAUAUAUGCAGAAACACAAGAUCUGGAGUGGAUUGUAGUGCUUAAAGGAAUAUUUGUCAGAUAUUUGCGUAUAACACCAUCAUGGGCGGUCCUUAUAGCGCUGUGGGCGACGUGGGCGCGUUUUAUAGGUCCUGGACCAUUAUGGGAAGAAUCGUCAGCAGGUAAUGUGGCAGAUUGUAGUGCACGUUGGUGGGCGAGCCUCCUUUACAUCAACAACUUCGUAAAGAACUCGCUCUGUAUGAUGCACACUUGGUACUUAGCAGCGGACAUGCAGUUAUAUAUAUUCGGUUUGAUCGUUUGCGUAUUUUUGAAGAAGCCAGGGUACAAGCGGGUUGUACUAGUUUCCUUGCUUGUCAUAGGCCUCAUCAUACCGGCAGUACAUAUUUAUGUUCAGGAUUUGGAUGCCGUUUUACUUAUUACUUUAGAGCGCACAAAAGAAUUAUUUGUAAAUGACCUAACAUUUAACGAAUUGAACAGGAGAAGUCAUACCAACAUAGCUAAUUACGUAAUAGGCAUGGCGUUGGGUUAUUUAGUGUAUAGAUGGCAAGAUUUAGAUGUUAGAAAAUAUAAAAAAUUUCGUAUUCUCUACUGGUUAACACUACCUGUAGGAGCAAUACUUUUGCUAUCUGGCCGUAUAUUUUACAUGGACGCACCGAGGGAAGAUGUUUGGAUAAGGGUGUUAUACGGAACCUUCUCGAAACUAAUAAUAGGCUUACUUUUCGCUGUUUUGAUAGGCGGUACAGUUUUAAAAUAUGAAGGCUUUUAUCGUUGGUUCUUAGAAUGGCGGCUGUGGACGAUCCCCGGUCGCCUUUCGUAUAGUGCUUUUCUUUUACAUUUCUCCUUAAUAACUCUUUACACAUCGAUUCACACGACUUUGAAAACUAUGGGACCUUACGAUUUGUAUAUAUUUUUCAUUUGUAUAAUGCUCGCGACGUAUGCGAUAUCGUUGCCGCUGUGGCUGCUAGUGGAGGCGCCUUUCACUGAACUAACCAGAUAUAUCUACUCGUCAGAACCGAAGAAGAAGGAAAUGGAAGAGAAAAAUAACGAGGUGUUUAUUAUUAAGUUA